ACCAAACCCUAAUUUCAAUUCAAUUGGGAUUCGAUCUUGGGGCCUCGAAACGUCUAAGAGAUCUCUCUCAUUUUGGUCGUUCUCUCUUUUGCUUCUUCACCGGCUUUCUCAGAUCUACUAUCUGUCCAGAUCUUGCCGUCGGAACUGCCAUAUCUCCGUCGUCUUCUUUCUCUUCGUGUACGUCACCCGCCAGCGAGAUGUCUCCAUCAUCCAAGUCUAGAUCCAAGGACAUGAAGGCUGUGAAUGAUUUGAAAAAGACACCUAUGGAGGGUUCAGGAUCCAUGAGUACAGAAACUGGCAUACUGUCUGGAGCUUACAAUGACCUUUUGGGGACAUUCCAAAGCAUUGAAACAUUCCCAACAACUGGUUCCUCAUUUCUUCACAAUAGUGGCCGUUUUAGAAACAUCGAUGAGUCAGAUUCUACUGGAGUUGACUGUGAUUCUGUUUCUAAUAAUGGUAGCUGGUCAGGUGACUCGGAAGAUCACAAGGAGAAAGCAUCAAAUCCUCCUAUCCAGAAAGAAACAAUACCAGGAGCAGACAAUGACAAGCGUGAAAAGAUCCGGCUGAAGAAUGAAAGAAAACAUCAACGCCAAAAGGAAAAGCGAGCACAGGAGUUACACGAGCGAUGUAGGCAGUAUCUGAUGUCAAGAAAACUUGAAGUCCUUUCGCAGCAGCUUGUAGCAAUGGGGAUUUCUCAAGAACGGGCAACAUUGGCUCUUAUGUUAAACGUGGGGAAAAUAGAGGAAUCCAUUAAUUGGCUGUUUGAUCAAGAUGGAGGGACUAAACAUGCAGAACAGAAAACAGAAUCUGCUCCUAGAAAUUUGAAUAUUGAUAUAUCAGAAGAGUUAGAUCGGAUCUUGGAAUUGGAAACUCGGUACAGGUGCACCAAGCAAGAGGUAGAAAGAGCUGUGGUUGCAGCAGAGGGUGACAUUGAGAAGGCAGAAGAAACAUUAAGAAGACAGAAGCAAGAGCAAUCUACUUGUAAUAAAAAACCCGAAGAGACUAGUGAUAAUCCUGCUUCUAGCAGUGACAAACUAACCACACAUCCCGCAAGUCAGAACACCGUAUCACAAUUGCCUCUGAGAGCAGGUUUGUACCCUGCAGGCCAAGAAACUCGAGAAAGGAAGGAUUUCGAGUACUUGAGACGAUCCAGUUUGUUUGCUGGAGGAGUCCCGGAAUCUGUAAAUCAAAGUUCGGAUCAUCCGUUGGAUAUAAUUCAAAUGAAGUUGGAGUGGAUGAAAUUUCAAGCUGCAGUCAUGGGAGAGAAAAACUGGUCGAGUCCCAUGUCGUAUCAUCAACCAUCAGCUGCAGCACCAAAGCCAGAAGCCCAUUACAUGGCUCUAGGGAAUCAAUUCAAGAAACUUCAGCAGCAAGACGUCAGGGAACCAGUAAUGGCCAUGCAGCAACAUUCUCGAUUUGUUGCUGAUACAAACCCGAUACCUGUCUUGGCCAUGAGUUCGUCCUUCCCUGGGACAGCCAAUGGUUGGUACCCUUUGAGCAGAACUGAGGUGCCUCAAUCUAACGGAUUUGUUCCCGACAUCACUGCCACCAGAAGUCUCAUUCCUAUGGAUCUGAGCUCAAACCCGACUUACCCACAACUUCAAUAUCAGGGCCAAAUGAAUGGUCACCGAAGUGGGGCUAUGGCCACCACAGCACCAGCUGUGGCUGCAGCUGCUUCCCUUGGACUAUUCUCAGGGUUCGGACCCGCACCCACCUCAGGAUCAUCUCAUUCCUCACUUGACUGGAACACCGGCGACUCAAUGGGACAGCUAGAUUACACCAACAUCGACUGGAGCCUGGACAAAAGCCCAUCUUUCCCAAGACCAGACAGACAGUUCCCGAGUUCCAGAACGUCCGCAUAUAAUCAUAAUACCGACAGGUACAUCGAUAGACCGUGGAAUAGAAUGAGAUCGGAUGGGUGGAAUGGGAUGGGAAUUGUAGGAAUGCAGGAGGUAGGGAUAGGCUCCGGAGGUGAAAUACAAAGGGGGAAGAAUGCCAGGGAUUGGACAUCACCGUUCGAGGGUAAGGACCUGUUUAGCUUGUCUAGACAGUUUGUUUCUUCUCCUUCGCUUUGAUGUAAAACUGGGAGAGUUUGGUGGUGGGUUCUGUCUUGUGUUGUAUCACCUUUCUUUUAAAUGUUUCUUCUUUGCUGUAUUCUCCAUUUCCCUUAUAUAUAUAUGUGAAUGUGAUUUCAUUUUCUA